GUCCCGCAAUCUUUUCGGAGAAUCCGAGAAAAAUCAGAAAACCCUAGAACGCGUGCGGCGACCAGAGGGAAGAAAGAAGAAGAAGAAGAAGAAGAAGAAUUCGUAGUCGAAGUCGAAGUCGAGGAGCUUUUCCGAUCGGAACCCUAGAGUUUUUUCCGUUCCCCGAUCGAGAGCUGGUCGAGAGAUUUAGAGAGGGGCUGCUUUGUUUGAAGCAGAUAGAUGAUGGUGAGUGAGACGAUGGUUACGGAGGCGGACGUUAUCUGUCCGGCGACCUUGCAGCAGGUCCUGGACGUCCAGCGCCCCGCCGUGUUCGGCGACGCCGGCGCCGGCACCGUCGCCGGCGAGUCGGUCCCCGCCGACAUCUCCCGCAUCGAAUCGGUUGUCAACUGCCUUCAGACUGUGAACGAUGCUGCUGUUGUGUCUGAUGUUAUAAAGUUCGUUCCAAGGAUUCGGUCUGGCAGCUAUGAUAACAUCGGCUCUCGACCUUCCAUGGAAGACGAACACAUCAGGGUCGAUGAUUUGUCUGCCCUUUUGGGUUCUGAAUGUUGCACACCGAGUGCCUUCUAUGCAGUUUUCGAUGGCCAUGGGGGCCCUGAGGCAGCUGCAUACGUCAAGAGGAAUGCAAUGAAGUUAUUCUUUAAAGAUACUGUUUUACCUGAGACAUCUGCAAUUGAUGAUAUCUUCUUGAAAGAGCUGGAGAGUUAUCAUCGUAAAGCUUUUCUUCUGGCAGACCUGGCCUUGAAAGGUGAUUGCAGCGUGAGCAACUCAUGUGGAACGACGGCACUGACUGCUUUGAUACUUGGAAGACAUUUGUUGGUAGCCAAUGUUGGUGAUUGUAGAGCUGUUUUGUGUAGGAAAGGGGUUGCCGUUGAGAUGUCCCAAGAUCAUAAGCCCUCCUUUCCACCUGAGCAAAAACGUGUGGAGGAUCUGGGUGGUUGGAUCAAUGAUGGAUAUCUAAAUGGCUGGCUAUCUGUUACCCGUGCUCUUGGGGAUUGGGACUUGAAGCUUCCAGUGGGGUCUGCUAAACCACUAAUUGCUGAUCCUGAUGUUAAACAAGUUAUCUUGACAGAGGAUGAUGAGUUUUUGAUAAUUGGGUGCGACGGAAUUUGGGAUGUGAUGACGAGUGAGUAUGCAGUUAGUCUAGUCAGGCAGGGGCUUAAACGGCACAGUGACCCUCAUCAAUGUGCCAGAGAACUUGUCAUGGAAGCAUUGCGCCUGAAUACUAGCGACAAUCUCACAGUGAUAGUGAUAUGCCUCAGCUCCUCAGAUCAGCCUGAGUCAUUCCCAUCCCAGAGGCGAAGAUUUAGAUGCCUCAGUCUCUCUGAGGAGGCGAGGAACAAGUUGAAGAGCUUGCUCGAAGGAAAUUGAGUGCAUAUUUUGUAAAUACCAUUAUUUUUCGUGUCACACAUCUUUCUGUUUAUGGCUGUUUCAGAUGAUUUAGAAAAAACGGCCAGCAGUUUUGUAGUGUUGCUGGAGUGUAUUGUUAGGAACCUUUGCCGGUUCGGAGACGUGCUCCCACCGCCUCAUUUGUCCCGUCAUUUGUAAAGACUUUUGUGAGAUAUGUUAAAUCGAUGGAGGAACUCCAUGGAUGAGUCGUCCAUGCUCCAUUUUAUUCAAGAUUUGCAGCUCUUGGUAA